AUGAGAUUGCUGCUUUUGCAGCUUGCGCUUUGCGCAGUGUACACAGUUGCGGCUACAGUAAGCAAUAAAUUACUGGAAGACUAUGAACGCAAGCUAAAUAGUAUAAACGACAAACUCCAGUGGAGAAGAAAUCCUGGCAAACAUCGAUUGAAGAGGUAUCGCUGCAUCGAAGAAUAUGUGGACGAAUACGGCAAUGUCAUUGAAGAAGGCAAAGAACAUUUCACUACACCAGCACCAGUUCGAGAAUUUACUAUGCCGAGAAGAAGAACGAAAUUUCCGCGGAUGCACGGCGUUAAGAAUACGGGAACUGACGUCACUGAAAAGGGCCCUAUGAAAGCUCUAAAAGUGACAUUGGUGAAGAAGAAGCGAAAGAAGAUUGAUAAAGGAAGCGCGGUUUACUCUACCGUAGCCGGCUUGCAAUCGAGAACGUAUUCAUAUGUGACUGUGCCACUUACGACGACUACUGUCAUUCCAACGACCGAAAUCAUUGAGGAUGACGAUUCUGCAGAUGCUACGAUUAUGAAAAAUUAUUUCAAACCAGCUCCACAAAAUGCGCAGAUGGGAGCCGAUGUAGACCAACAAAAUCGUAAUAUAUUGGAUGGCAACGUGAAAGCAGCUCCACAAGUGGAAGUUUUGCCAUCUCUUGAUUCUACGGAACUUGCGGAUCCAUUUGCCGAUGAGGAUAUCAGCGAUGGCGUGGAAAGAAGAUUUUUCGGACGGAGAAGGAGGUUAAAACUUGGCGGACCAAAUAAGUACACAGGAGACCGUUUGGACUACGACACAAAUUAUGACGACUACAAUUAUCCCGAUGAGGAAUUGUCUGUUGUCAGACGCAGAAUGCGCCGACCAAAACUUCGACAAUAUAUGGGAUUUCCAGUGGUAAGAUAUCUCAAGCGACGAGGUUUCAGAGCUAUAAGGGUCCCACCUCAACUCUUCCAAUACGAUGAAUUACCUCGAGCAACAGAAAACCAUCCUGCAUUAGUCGUUUCUGCUACUCCAACACAGAUUCGACAAAAGCUCCGUGCCAUAGCAGUCCCACUCCCUCGCGGAGAUCUUCUUCAGCCACAGUCGACGCCAUUACCGCCAAUACCCCAGCAACCAUCUCCGCUACCGUUAGUGGCUCCACCAACUCAGGCGAACCCCCCGCCGGUACCUGUAGGAGUUUUACCACCGCAUAUACCUCUACCCGUACCUCUCACGCCGGCUCCACCAUCACAGAUGAUUCAAAUGGAGGAAUCCACACCGGAAACAUGUCAGCGAAUGCGGCGCCUAGCUACAGCCUUUGGUAUCGUCGACAUAUCUUCAUAUGCUCGGCGAAAUUGCCGCUUCUUGCAAGCGUUCGCGCCGGGAUACACUUGCGAACAAAUCACACAUUUUGUCGACUCAUGUAAUAAGAACCACCUCUGAGAGGAAAAUAGCUUAUGCGUGGCUCUCCGUCAUGCAGAAUCCAUUAUCAGUGAAAAAUAUUUAUAAUCUGCUGCGCAUGCGGCGCUGAACCUGCACGCCAGUAGCGCUACGACUCCUUUUUGAA